UCAGGCCUCACGCCAACAUGGAGGACGACUUUCGGCCUCAGGUGAAGAAGAUGGCUGUGGCCAUGGGCGCUUCUCUCACAGAGCAGGAUAUCAACCACAUGCCUCAGGAGAUGAGAACGCAGGGAAACUUCCACUACAGCCGGUUCCUGGACUACAUGAGACAGUUCCAGACGUCGGAGCAGAGAGAGGAGGCCAUCAGGAAGGCCUUCGCCAAACUUGACAGAGACGGCAGCGGCUACAUCGAGUGGAACGAGAUCAAGUACAUUCUGUCCACUGUGCCGACCGCAGCCCCGUCGGCUCCUCUGUCUGAUGAGGAGGCCGAGGCCUUGAUCCAGGCUUCAGACGCCGAUGGAGACGGACGCAUCGACUUCAGAGAGUUCUCUGACAUGGUGACGAUGGAGAAGAAACCCAGGAAAUAGACGUCACACGGUUUAUCUGUGCUCCACCGUGUGUGUGACAGAGGAGAGGGAGACGCCCUGAGACCUGAUGAAGACUCCUGAAACAACACAACUCCUCCACCUGAGCAUCAGGAGCAUCAGGAGCUGAGGCGGCGAGAGGAGCUUUCGUAUCAGAGC